CUCUCCUACCGGAACUUCACGAUCGUCUGUCUACCUCCUCUUUUCCGAAAAAACUGGAUGUUUAGAUUGCAGAAUGUAAGAGGCACAUAUGACAUGUUUAUGCAGAAGUCCUGGCAUUAAGUUCAUUUCUGUGGCUUGAAACAUCUACAGUUAAGCCAGAAUGCCAGGUAGAAGUGCCCCGCCCCUGGUGACAGGUGUUUCUCCCAAAGAAGGGCCCCCGGGCACACGUAUCACCAUCAGAGGAGAAAAUCUUGGAUACGAUACCAAUGACCUCAUAGGUUUAAAGAUUUGUGGUGUUGAUUGCUUGUUGUCCUCGGAAUGGAAAUCUCCAAGUAAGAUUAUUGCCCGGACUGGUCCAGGGAAGGGCAAAGGUGAUGUCAUCGUGAUCACAAAGUCCAGUGGACAGGGAAGCUGUACCGUGGGGUUCAAAGGUUACUUUGUCCAGAUAGGUCCCCUUCAAGAAUCUGCCAUCUGGAUUGACGAAUCACAAAAUGUGAUUUCCAAUAUGCGCCAUGGCCGUCCACAGUCACCUAUAUUUUCCAAAGAGGACGAAGACCCACUUGGGAUCUCUGAUGAAGGCAGUCAUGCAAAGUUUACAGAGGAAGAGUUAGCAGAAAUAUUUUCAGAAUGCUCUGGAAACAUGUCUCUGGAAAAUUUCUCACCAGCCUGGUACCUAUUGGAGAAUCAUCACAACACAGGGUUUGAGGACCUGAAGGCGGGAUUGGCCCACAUGAAGAGACGAGCUACUCAGAGAUCAGAGGGUCCCAUCGCUUUUGUAAAGUCUAACCUCUCGUCAACACUCGACUGUGUCGACAGCCUUGAAGCUAUGUAUGAGAAGUACUGUAGUGAUGACAUUCGUGGCCAGUCCAUUAACUCGUAUGCUGUGCUGCUCAUGCAGGCAAAGUCGUGUGCGGACGGCUUGUUCCAGGAGGUACUGGGAAGGAAAGACAAAGCAGACUCUACCAGAAAUGCUCUCAACGUUCUUCAGCGCUUCAAGUUUCUGUUCUACCUUCCCCUCAAUAUAGAGAGGAACAUCCAGAAGGGUGAUUACAACCUAGUCAUAAAUGAUUAUGUGCGAGCCCGUUCAUUAUUUGCCGAUACGCAAGUUCAAGUCUUCAGAAAAGUGUACACAGAGGUGGAAUCAAGGGUUAACUCCUUCCGAGAAAUGUUACAGAGCAAGUUAUACGAACUACCCAACACACUGGAGGAGCAGAAAAAACUUAUAAGGUAUCUGAACAACCUGGAAUGCCCCGGUGACCCAGCCUGGGAGUGCCUCAUCAAUCAACAGAAAUGGCUCCUCAACAUCCUACACCAGUGUAAGGAUCAACACAUCGAGGAAGAAAUGAGGUGUGUCCAGACAGAGGGUGAUGUGCCAGGUAACCUCCUCCGUAGUCCAGGUAACAACAAAUUCCGAACGCCACAGAAAGUAUCCUUCAUAGAGGAGCUUACAGAGCUGGUCACAGACAACUUCCCUGACCUAUGGAAACUCGGACAGGCAUUCUUCUCCGGAUCUCUGUUUACGAAAGAGUCUGGUGAAAAAAACUUCAAAGUAGAUGCAGCGAAGCAUAGCAAAUUCAAGCAAAUGAUAACCGGCAUCAUUGCUGUGUUUGCUAAUCUGGUGCGAACAGCAUUUCUACCUGAAUCUCUGGAGAAUAUUGCUGGACAGGAACGUGCCCAGUACGGGGUGUGGCAUAGUGCCAAACAAGACAUCUCAGGAGCAUGGCUUCCUAUCUGUGUCCGUUACAUCAGAAACUGUGUGAGCUCCUUGACACAGUUAGAUCUGCCUGGAGACUCAUCCAGUCUGGUGACUGACCUGGCACUGGACAUGAGGACCAACUGUAUGUUUACUCUGCUGAAACAGGCCAUAGCAGAUGUUCAGCAGCUCCACACCAAGGAGACAUGGAUGGUGGAGACGGAUGACGAGUCAGGAGGAACAACACAGCUGCCGGCAUUAUUUGAGAACAUUGUGAAUGAGACAAUCCAGCAUCUACAUGAGGUGGUGGUACAGAACAAACCAGGGGAGCCAGAGAUCUUCAGCCAGAGAAUUGUGCAGAAGGAUGCUACAAUAUUGUGUACCCAGCUUCUACAGGCUUUUGCCCCCUGUCUCAACUGUCUGGCCUUCACCCCUCCACCUGUUACCAACACCAAUAAAAGGAUGAGCCGACCUAACAGAUCGUCUGACCCCAAUGUAGACGUGAGUGAGGAGGGCAUUUUACCACUGGACAAACGACUGAUCAUCAUGCUCAGCAACUGUAACCACACAAUGGAGAGAGUUUUACCUAGACUUGUGGAAAAUCUCAACAAGCUUGGCUAUGUGGAGAUGAACAAGGCGUUGAAGACUGCUGAGUCAACGUACCAGGAACUGGAUGAUAAGCUGUUUGAAGCCUAUGUGGAGGAGAAGUCUAACCCGAUAGUGGGAACCAUGGAACAGAACAUGUACAGUGGCAAGUUUGAUUGGAGGACCUGUAAAAAACCUUAUGGAGUGCGAAAUUAUCUGAAAGAGGUCAUAAUGCAAAUGAUAGAAGUUCAUGCUGAGGUGUUUGCCGUUUCCCCGGCCUUUGUGACCAGAGUAACUAAAAACGUGAUCGAGGCUGUCGCUGAGGAGAUGUCAAGACUUGUGGAAUGUAUCACAGAAUUCUCGCCGAAUGGAGUACUCCAGGCCAGACUGGAAGUGCUAGCUCUACAGCAGACCGUACAGCUGUACCAAACACCUCAUGCCAGUGAGUGUUUCCAGGAAGCCCUUGAUGCCCUGCCUGCUAUCAAACAAGAUGACAAGAGAAUUGUCGAAGAAUUCUUGAACAAAUUCAAAUCUCAGAUGAAAGUUCAGUUGAUGUGCUUCUACAGUGACAGUUUACUGUGUGAUAGAAAUUCUAGCAAUGCUUGAUCCUAGUCAGUGAAAUGUUUGAAACUUGUGUUAUUAUUUCCAAGACUUUGAAUGACCAAGAUUUCUAAUCUUUAUCAAUGAUUUAAUACAUCAUUGGUAAUAAAUUCAGUAUGUAAAUGUACAUCAUGAUCAAGUGACUGUUCUUGCUGCAAUUUCCUUAAAUGGAUUUAAAGUUGGUUGCUUUAGUAUUCAUGAAGCGCUUAUUAUUCAGUAUUGUAUGAGAGAGAUACAUGUAACUUGUAGACUUAGUUUUCACACCUGUUAUUUAAACCUUCAUAUAUAGACAGAAGUUCUAUAAGAAUAAAAAGAAAGUCUCCUAUACCCUAAAGCAACUCUUGUAGAUCAAAGCGUGUUCCCUCAAGAAUUUAUUUAUCAUGGAAAUGUGUAUACACAAUGUAUAGAAGGCCAUCUAGUUCACUAAAUAUUGGUACUUAAGGUGAGUUUCUGCUAAUUCAAAGUCAGAUUUGAGUAUGAUAUUAAUUUUUCUGACUCCAUCAAUUUACAAAUUUAAUUAAAUUGAUAACAGUUAGUUGAAUCCUCCCACACACUACAUAUCCUAAUUAAAUUGCUGCUUAAUUACAUGUGAUAAAUAAUGGAAUUGUCCUUAUGACUUCUAAUGUUCUACAAAAAAGAUCACACCUUCAGCUUGUUACCAACACAUGUGGCAUGUAAAUUUGUGUUAAAUGGCAGGGAUAAUCCUGGAGGGGUUCAUGGGGCCAUUGGCCCCUCAAAACUGAAAUUGAACCCCUCCAUGUUCCAAUUUUCUUUAAAUUUUACAUAUAAUAGCCCCUCUUAAUUUUGUUAUUGACUAAAAAUUGCUUAAAAUGUCCCACUGCUCUCUCAAAUUCCUGUAUGUUCCCUGAAAUGGAACCUCUUCAUUCUAUUAUCUGCCUCUAUAUUGAAACCACAGUGUAUCUAGCUUGAAGGUGUGUACAUGGUAAUCCUUUUAUAAUGCAGGUAGGGAUGAGAUCUCACCUCUUUUUCUAUAGAGCGAUCUGCCUUUUUAUCACUCCACCAUCAACAUAUUCCUCCCAUGGUUUUGAGCAAGACAUUAUUUUUUCCAAUUUUUGGCACAAAAUUACCAGGGCCCUGAAUGUAAUGAUCAAGAUCUUAUGGCCCUGAAAACUAAAUAUUUAUUAGUCUGUGGAACACAAGUAAGUGUGUAAUGUGUAACUUUCUAAGAGGAUGAAUUGGUAUUAUUUUUUCAUUUUGUAAACUGUAGAUUUCUUACAUUAUGAGUUGGUGAUUUUCAUUUUCACUUAAAUUUAUAUUUCAGCUUCAAUUGCAAAUUCAGACAUGAAUAUAAUAUUAAACUAUCAUGAAUGUUCAGUGAAAUGUGAAUUAUUGUCCACACAAAUAAGUUCACAAAGACGAUAUGUGAAUUUAGAUAAUUUAUAUAAUCAUGUCUCUAUUCUAGGUGAGUAAAAGUUCUAUGCUUCCUUUAAAUAUACCUUAUACCAGCAAUUUGUGUAAGAAUUAUCUCCCUUAAUUGGCAUUUUAGAGUGUUAUCAAUGAAUUUGUGUUGGUGUUCCUUUCAAAUUGGUCAUAGAUGGAUAAACCAGAUCAAAAAUAAAAUUCAGAAAAAAUAUUUGACUAUUUAUGUUCUUAUUGCGGAACUCUUUUGGAAUAAAGGUGCCAAGGGUGACCGUGAGGUGAUGUUAAUUGGUAUUCCGUCUUUUCGUAUUGCAGAGUUAUCUGCACUUGUGAGUAGGUAUUGAUUAUUUCGUCAUUGGUUUGUGAGAGUAACGUCAUCAAUUUUUGAGAAACCGACCAAAUUUUCUCAUACAAACCAAUGAAUGAAGUAACAAUCAAUACCUGCUCACAAGAGAAGAUAACUCUGCAAUUUGCAAAGACAGAAUAAUUUGGUACCUGUUUUAGCCAGGAACUCUUUUUGAAUUGACACAUGUUAAUGUCAGGUAGCAAACAACCUUAAGCCAUAUAAGGAACAGAUUUUCUUAGUUAUGGGGUAAGAAUGCUUUCAACAUAUGUGGUGCACAAUAACGAUUUUCAAUAUUUAUGUAUUAGGAUAGAAACGAACGUGUUUCAUAUUAUUUCCAUUCCAUGUAAAGUGCAAUACAAUUGAUUAUACACUAUGA